AUGGUGACCAAGAAAGUCCGAACAGAGUACAUGAAGAAGUUCCGGGAUCCCAAGUGGGAAACUUUCUCCAAAUGCUACGAGGACUCGCUCAGGUACCGCCUGACCCGGCGGGUCUUGGAGCACUCGCACAAGCCCUGGUUCUGGGAGGGCUGGGACAGUGGUUCUUUGCUGUCCAGCGGUCGCUCCACACCUAAAUCCGCAUCCUGGCCCGGUCGCAACCGGGUGUCGCCGCUGGUCGCCGUGGAUGAGGCAGACCAGGCGAGGUCUGGUUCCGAUGCCAGGCCACCGUCGGAGCGGGCUGAGGAGAUGGCGACGAAAGCAGCGACGACGGAGGCGGCGGCAACAGAGGUGACAGAGGUUGCGGACGUCGAUGCCACAGCACCAGCAGAAGAAGCUCCGACAGAAAAUGUAGUCUCAGCUCCUCCGAACAGCAGCAUUGAGCCGGACACCGACGACGGACCUCUGGAUCCCCCAGACUCGAACGGGGAUCCCGCCGAGCCAGCGCCAACACAGAGACGCCGCCACAACCCGUCUCACUCAGAGCGGGAACUCCAGAACGUUUCACCUGUCGACCUCAAAUCUCAACGGGCGAAAAGCCAACCACCUCCAGGAGGCGCCAACGACAACCUGUGGCGCCGGUGCAAUGACGCGUACUCCAGGAAAGCCGCCACGCCCAACAAUAAUGGACGUUGCGACGCCUGCGUGCAGACGACGAAAACGAGUCUUCGCCGACGCGCUCGCUCGGCCGACCCGGACAAGAUGAGACGCUCGCAGCAGCAUCGUUUGACCGCUUCCGCCACCACCGUCAUACCCGCGGUAACAACGGAUGAACGUUGGGUGACUGAGUACAUGCGGUGCUUUUCAGCACGACUCCGGUAG